GUCUGCGCGUCCUCCUAGGAGCCGUGGGCGGAGCACGGCGGCUGGAGUUGCAGGAUAAAGAAUGUCAGUACUCACCUCUCCCAGAGGCAAGGUAGAAGUGGUUCAUUGCCGGAGAACAGAGUCGCAGGAUAUUUACUGUAUCAAAAACCUCAUUAGAAAAUUUACCCAGAAGCUGUUUGGGAGUCUUAAUAUCAUCUAUCUUCUGGAGAAGGCAAACCUCGCCAUUACGCUUCACAACGACCAUGAAGAGAUCAUGGCCCAGGCCACCUUCCUGGACUAUCCCAACUGGAAUGUCACCAAGCAGGAUGACUGGGUGUCCGUGUUCCAAGAACUCGACAGUGAAAUCCCCUGCACGCCUUUGAACACGUUGUUCAUGCACCUCUUUGUGGCCGUGGAUGAGUAUUCUGUUGGCUGCUGCAAAGAGAUUAUUCGGACCGUGUUUAAGGCAGUGCCAGACCUGCACUUCAUCUUUCUCAUCGUGCCAUCCUACAUGAGCCUCGGCUCGACUCUCAUAACCGUGUUCAACCAAGUGGGGAACAUCCCGAGUCUGGUGUAUGACGAGGACUUCACUGUGCAUGUCUGUCACAGGCACAGCCACUACCCGCAGCUGUAUAUCCGCAAAGCCAGGGUGGAAGAUCACGACGACCUCAUGCCUAUCUUCCUGCACCACGACACCGUCCUGAAGGAGACCUACGGCGAGUACUUCCUGGCUGAACUCAUAGAGGCUCAGGAUGAAGAGAACCAUGCUGUUGUGUGUGAGGUGGAAGGUGUGGCUGUCGGGUUCAUGAGCCUGUGCUCCAGAGUGAACUUGCAGCUCCUACAUGAAUGCUUUGACUUGGGGCCCUUCCAUGGACUCUGCACCCCGCACCCCAGUGAUGUUUUGGAACCGCCCCCUGAGCUAAGUGCUCAAGAGAUCCCAGAUACUGAGCUCAGGAGCAGCAGCCAGGACUCCCAGAAAACAGUCAAGGAGCUGCGGGAAACUGUCUCCAUGGAGGCCAAGGAGAGCAUCCAGGGGAAGGUCACAGAAGAAGCCCCCAAGGAGGACGCUUUAGCACCAGUCCAAAGUGAAAGCAGUAGUGAAGCAGAGGACACAGAACAGCUUAGUCAAGACUACAGCGCAGAGUUCACGGCUUACUCUGUCAGCAACACGAGUUCAGCAUCCAUCUCUCUGUCCAAGGAGACCAGCAGCUUCCGCCCCAUCUACAGGGGCGCCUCUGCUGCCUUCUGCAUCCAGCUGUUUUGUAUUGAUGAGAAGUACGAGGCAAGGUCACUUGACUUUAUGAAUUUCGUGUUCAGCCUUUUUCCUGACAAGGACUUCUGCAUCAUUUCUCUGCCGCAUCUCACCCCCGAGUUUGUCCUCGUCCAGAACUUCGUGAAGAUUGUCCCCUUCAACAACUGCACCCUGGACCAGGAUCUCUAUGUCUUCCAUCGGGCUGGAUUGCUCAAGACCAUUAACAUAAGAUUAGCCACUGUCUCGGAUUCGCCUGGUGUAGAAAAUCUCGUUAGCACCCUCAUGUUGAACAGAAGCAUAUUGGAGGAUUUAAAGCAGUACAACAAGGCUCGCAGGGACCCUGAUGGAACACCACUGCAGGCAUUUGUGGCCGAAGUUGCAGGACAAGUAGUUGGCAUUGCAGUGAUCAGAAAUGAAAUGGAUAUAGAGUACAUACGAUCCCACUACAACAUUGAGGAUUUCAUCUAUUUCAGUCACCACCAGCGCGAAGAACACGGACACCUGUAUCACUUUGCUCUGAAUCCCAUUUUCCGACACUACACCAAGUUUUUCCUAAAGGAGAUCCUCCGUUUGGGAUUUAAGUCCUGUCUCUACUACCCUGUGUACCCACAGUCUAAGGAAGGCAAGGUCCAGAGCCCCAGCGCCCACUCGCUGACAUCCGCCCUCCACUUCUUGGUUCCCGUGCGGCCCCGACGACAGAUUGUCUAUCCCUUGGAAAAGCUUGGCAUCAACGCUCCAUCAAAGGAGGUCUCCAAGGACCCGUUGGGUUAUGCCUUAAACCAUACAAACAGAAAACUGACGCUGGAACCUAAAAUAACUGUCAAUGCCAAGAUUGUCGUGGUUGGUGCAUCCACUGUUGGAAUUUCCUUCCUAGAGACACUGGUAUUUUGCUCUCACCUGAAGUUUAGUAACCUCACCCUGAUUUCAACCCACGGACUCCCAGGGAAAAAACUUCUGGGCACCGAACAAAGGAAGUUUUUAGCAAGCGACCACUGUUUUAAUGACAAAGACCACGCGCUGAUGUCGCUGUGCUCCUGGGUCAACGUGGUGGUUGGUAAAAUGACCGCCAUCGACCGAGCAGCCAAGCAGGUCAUCGUUUCCAGAGAAGACGUUGUGCUGUAUGACCACCUGAUCCUCUGCACCGGGCAGCAGUACCAGGUCCCCUGCCCCACGGGGGCCGAUAUUAGUCAACACCCGACAAACAGAGAAGUCGCCCACAGCGGCCUGCGGCGGUACACCGGGCCGGUGCCCUGCAACCAUUUCACCCUCAACAACGAAGAAGAUUGUUUGAAGGCCCUGACUUGGAUAAGGAACAACUCCAUCACCGCAGAAGGGAACGUCAUUGUCUAUGGGAAUACAAUUGACACUUACACCACAGUGGAGACGCUCUUGAACCUGGGCGUGAGGGGCUCCUACAUCCACCUGGUACAGCACCCGCCCACCUCUAUCAUCACCUGUAUCAACAACUACUCGGUGGAAGGGGCCCUGGAGGACGCGCUCCGAGCGGCAGGGGUGACUGUUUACCGUGAUGCGCUCCUGGCACAGUGGAAUGAUGGCCGACCCAAACCCAUCCACAGCGCCAGCUUCACCACGCCCACCAAGCCCUUCAAACUGCCCUGCUCCGUGUUCUUCAGCUUCUGUGAGAAGAAUGUGGAUUACGAAACAUUCAAAGCAUUCAAUGAUGCAUGCCUUGUCUACGACGGCCGACUCGUGAUUGAUAGCAACUUCCACACCAAUGACAUAGCCAUCAGGGCUGCCGGCCCCCUCACCAAAUUCUCCAAUAGAUACUACUGCAACGAGUGGACCCAUGGCAGCUUCAAUUCCAAAGAAAUUGGCUUCCAGUUGGCGGCUGUUAUGCUCAAUCUCUUUGAUCCGACCCUCGAGCCGGCGACUGAGCCACCAGCUGACCUUGACCGGCUCAUCCCCAUGUACAAGGGAGCCAAGAUCAAAGGAGGCAUUCUCCCUGGGUCCUACCAUUACUUGCAUGUGGCCAAGCCUGCCAUCCCAACCCCCCUGGAGGUGCAGAUGGCCCAGCCUGAUUUUGGUUCAGAAAUAGUCACAGGUAACGCGAGACAUGGGACCUACUUCCGGAUCCACAUCAACAAGUACAAGAUGGUAGAAACCAUCACGUGCCUUUCCAGAGCGCCCUUCCCCGCCUCCAACUACAUCCGCUUGUUCGGCCAGCACGAGCAAGUCCUGAACAACCUGUGUGCCCGGUACGAAGAUGGGCUGGUCCCGGAUCUCUACAGCUACUUCACGGAGCCCUGGUGCAUGGCCCUCUUUCACGAUCGUUUUAUUGAUCUCAGGAAAGAGUUACGCCAAAUCUUAUCCUCCAAGGAGGAAGAAAACUUUCCUUCCAUAGACGAGAUAGCGCGUCAGAUCGAAGAUGAGGAAAUUAACCUGCGGGAGAAGCCCAGGAAAUACCUCGAAAGAGUUUUCCAGGAAACCAUCUACAAGCCCUUGGUGAAGAAGAGCAUCCUUGACUUCCUGCGCUAUAAUCACUACCACUUGCCCAUGUACGCGUGGCCAGGCAUCAUUUAGCCCGUGGCCACAGUCUCCACUUGAUUGUUUCCGGGAAGUGCUAUGUAGAAGCAGGAAACCUCUCAGAAGCCCUCUGGACCACCGGGCACCUUCCUGGUUGGUCCUUUCUUCUCCGCGUCCAGCUUGGCCUGUAGUUUCCCAUCGUCCCAGUAGGUGGCGCACGGCGGUGCGUCUCGACUCUGGGGCGGGGAGACGCUUUACUAACACCACCAAGCGUGUUCCUGGGCAGAAUAACCCAUUUUAGCAAUAAAAUGAGAUGGGACUGUGUAAAA